AUGCAGAGGCAAUAUGAACAAAUGAGAGCAGAGAUGCUCGAAAUGAAGCAAGCUAAUGAGCGGUUAGCCACCGACUUCACGACAUCGCAAGAAAAGAUUCAAAAAUUGCAAGAGGAGUUAGCAUCGUCCAAAGCUUCGAAGAUCCGACGUCGCACUAAUUUGAAUGACAUCCCCUAUAUGAGGGACUUCUCUGAGUCAGACGAGAACGAGCCUGAAAAUGACGGAGAGCCUGAGGACAAAGAGCCCUUGAAUAAUGAAGAGAAUGACCAGGGAAAAGGAGAAGCAAAUCUUAUGGCAAAGCACAUGAUCCAGAUCGAAAAGCAGAAUAGGCGCUUAAUGAAGCUCAUGUCCCAGGUUCCAGGGCCUCCAACGCCAAGCAUUGUGGAGCAUCCUGAUGGCUAUGCAGAGUCACCGUUCAUAGAAAGGAUCGUGAGGGCCGUGCUUCCCAAAAAGCUCAAUCUGCCUACCCUCGCUGCUAAUUAUGACGGUUCGACUGAUCCAGGUGAGCAUGUCGCCCAGUACAAGCAGCGGAUGUGGCAAGUGUCAAUUCCUUCGCAUUUGGUAGAAGCCUGUAUGUGCAAGUCUUUUGGGGCCACGCUCACUGGUCCUGCCCUCAAAUGGCUCGGAUCUAUCAAGCCAGGAAGCAUCGACAAUUUUUCCACUCUGGUCAACAAGAAAGGACUAAUUCUGCAACCAAAACUCUACAAUCGUCUGACGAAGUACCCAUGUCAAACAUUCGAGGAAGUCAAAUCACGAGCAUUAGCACAGAUGAGGCUGGAAGAAGACGAUGCCAUCCUCAAUACCAUAUCAACGCGUCGUACACCAGAAAAUCCCAACGACCGGAAGGCUUUCGUCCCCAAAAAGAAUAAUUGGCGAAACCAUCCCUACAGUUGCUCAAAUCAGGUAAACAAUGUUACUGACAUUGUCGAUAGUGCAGGUAAUGACGCAAGGACGGAGUCACCAGUCUUCCCAGAUAUUGACUCUUAUGGAUUCUCCGUCGACGUCGGAGGCGUCGUGAAUGCCUUGACCAAAAUUGGAGCACCCGUUCGUUGGCUAAAGAAGAGUGAUCGACCGGAGUCGCAAAAAGAUCAGACGAAGUGGUGUCAGUUCCAUCAUGAUCAUGGUCAUAAGACGGAGCAGUGCAUUGCAUUGCGACGCGAGGUCGCGUUCAUGCUCAAUAAGGGGCAACUCAAAGAUCUCCUAAGCGACAAAGGCAAAGCGUCCUUCGAAAGGAAUCCUGCGCAGUCCGACCCGCCAGCGUCGCCGACACACGUGAAGGUAAUUAACAUUAAUUCUGGUGGAUCUGAUGUAUAUGGGCUAACUUACUCCGAAGCCAAAAGGCUAGCAAGAGAGGGUACCCCCUCGUCCGCCGUUUUUAAGUCUUGUAGGUCAGCAGAAGAACGCAAGCUGGAAGCAAUGGCAAUCACCUUUGAUGACGACGACGUCUGCGACGUAGAGCACCAUGAUGGAUUAGUCAUAUCCCUGACUGUCAGUAAUUACCUAUUGAAGCGAGUGUUGGUCGAUGAGGGUGCCACUUAUCAACGAUUGGUCAACCAAAUGUUCAAAGACCAAUUGGGCGACACCAUUGGGGUGCAUAUAGAUGACAUGCUCGUCAAAUCCAAACAAGCAAGCAAUCACAUCCAACACUUGUCGGAAGCUUUCGACGUCUGCGAAGGAAAAUUCCUAGGGUAUGUCGUUACACAGCGAGGGAUCGAAGCUUACCCGGAUCAAAUAAAAGCCCUUCUCAAUAUCUAG